AUGGCCAAGAGAUAUGGUAUGGCCCAGGAAAUGUUGGCCACAACAAACUGGACAAGUUCAUGUCUAACAUUGCAAAAAAACUGUACAUUGAAAGACAAAGGCUACACUAACCACAGCCUUCGAGCAUCUGGAGUAACAACCUUGAAACGCAACGACUAUAAUGAUAAGCAAAGCAAGUCCGUUACCGGCCACAGAAGCAGUGCAAGUUUGAACAUAUAUCAAAAAGUUGCAUCAGAUGAAAAACUUAGAAUGGGUUUAACACUUGGCUAUGCACUUACUGGAGAUCCUAGCUGUCUGACAAAAGAAAACAAGGUAGCCUGUGUUUACCAGCAGCAUCCUCAUGACAACCACCCCAAACAAUCAUCCAAUGCAACCCACCUUUCUUUCCGUACCACUGACACUGGAAACCAAAUUGUGCCUUUUCACAAGCGACAAGCUCCCCGUUUCACAGAAACUGCAACAAUUACCAAAUGACCAUGUCUGCACAAUCUCUAGAGAACAAACUCUUCAAGUUCUAUAACAGCUAAGCAGUCUUCAACAUAUGAUGACUCAAUGUUCGAAGAAAACAAUGCAGUUAGCGAUGCAGAGUUGCUGAAAGCAGUAAAUGAGUAUGAAGAAGCUACAAUAUCAGAGAAUGUUCAAUUCAUGCAGUCAUCUCAGACUGACUCAAACAAAAUACAGUGCAUUUCCAGGCAAAUAUUGAAGAAGAUGAGCCCACCUACAUUCAGUAAUUGCAAAAUUGAAGGUGGAAUUAUUAUUAACAUUCAUAAAGAUUGA